CUGACAGGUAGGUCAAACUGGGGUGCAACCAGACCGGUGUAGUCGCGAGCUGGCGUUGCGAGCGGUGUGCGUAUCGUGCAAGACUAUAGAGCGCGUCCGGAUUCUCGCCCACUACACAACUGAAACUACAUUACAAUGAGAAACAUCGCCAUGAACAAUCGCAUUCAUGUAGUGCAGUUAGACCUAGAACAAACUUGGCGGCCAGACAUACGUGGUGUUUGAGACAAAAACUAGAUUGUGACCGGGAUGUUUCCUAAACAUCCCGUCGUUCCCGACAAUAUGAUACCGUAGAGGAGUGACUGCGGAUCAGUUGCGGUUAAAGAGCCCUUUAGCUCUAGCUCUAGUGCUUGUUGUUGGAGCUAAAUAGCGCUCGGUGCCUUGCGUUCCUUGCACACAUUAUUGGACUACGAUUACGAAAGUACGGAUUGAUUGCUUAAGUUUCUGCAAGUGAGACUAAGACGUUUCCUCCCUCGGUCACUUGCGACUUUAAAAUAAACCGAAGGUUGGUCAGUUUACACCAAAGGUUUUGAAAAUCGUCGAAGGGAAAAACCCAAAAUAGAGAACAGUUCCAACUUGCAAUGCCGAUUCCUCCUGGUGACGAUUGCACCGAAACAAAUUCGUAUCCAGUCAAUCAUAAUGAAAAGGACGGUUGAUUAUUUCUCUUGUUUAUGUACUUAAGAUUAACAGCGCCGGGUCUGGGAAAGUUUUACCCAAAAUGUUCGAGGUAUUCAACAAGAGAAAGUGACCACUCACACGGGCAAGAUGAAUGGUACGGAGGACAGGAAGGUGAGAAACAACAAACUUGAAUAUUUCCUGAAGAAGAACCUGCAUCCAAAUGUCUACAGCAACAUAAGGUGGUACGAAGCGGUGAUUGUGAGGACGGGCAACACCUUGGCCUACAAGCAAGCAGUGGUGAGCGGCGAGGAUGUCUACCUCACGGAAACCCCACCUCGAUCUCUCACUCACCUCCUCCACUCCUCCCAAAUCACUCAGGUCCAGUUGGUCCACGACCUUCCGGAGUUCCUCCGAGGUGGAAUACGAGACCAGACGACUCACAUCACCAUCCAGUACCACCAGGGCCUCUCUUCUUCGCUUGCUAAAACAAAGGCCCUUAAACAUCCUCAGAGAACCAUCUCUCUCACUGGACCCAGCACCUCUUCCAUCGACGAGGAAAACGAGGAUGACGAUGCCCCAGAUGGCGGAGUGACCAGCCACCGGCAAAAUCCUCUUCACAUGUUUCAUUCAAGUCCCUUGUCUCCUCCCCCAUCUCUGCUGAUGCAUAAUGAAGACUCGUCCAGACCUUCUUUGCUUCACCAUGUGUCUGUCGACGCUCUCUCCACACGCAGUGAUGAGACGUACACAGUCUCCAGAUCCAAAGACUGGCUCAUGAGCCCAGCUCGUCAUCGGCAUUCAACCAGCAGCAUUAUUUCGCCGCACGAUGACUCCUCCCACCGCAGCUUGACAACCAAUCACGUGCUCAUGUCUCCAGUCAACGGUGCCAAAUCACCAGUCAGGUCUCGAUCCCCGGAAAUGGACAGCGGCACCUUCGAGCACGCGUCGCUAACGCCCACCAUUGCUGACCUCCUCACUCGUGGUGUCGACAUCAUGUUAUUGUCAACGUCUCCAGUUUCAGGACACGGUAUAACGAGGUCGAUGACCCCCGAGGGCGUCCCCCGACCGCGCAUGCCCAGGUCAGUCAGUUCCAUGGAGACGUACCAUAGUUCUUCGCCUCUCCAUCUGGAGUUACCGAAUCGGAGCAAGAGUGUCCUUGACCGACCCUCAAUGCCCGGAGAACCGCCGAAGAGGAGCCAGUCUCUGAACUUCACAGAUGUUCCGGAUGGACGCGACGACAUCAAGGAAGUCCACUUCUACACUCUUUCCACCUCCACGCUUCUCUUCCAUCUGCUUCACUCUCUGUGGGUGGCGUCCUCUCUAAAACAGACGCUGUAUGAAGGAAAGCUGCGACCUCCUCAGCAAGACCUUCUGCAAGAGAGAGACAUUGACGCGGAGUUCACCGAGCUUCAGUCAGAGCUCCUGUCUGCCAUGACCAUUGAGGAUCAGUUUUCGAGACUCCAAGAGCUCCAGCAAGGGGCGGCCAAGUAUUACCCUGUCAGGAGACUCUUCUGGAAGGAUCCAAACAUGCUACAAACUUUGCGAGGUCUUUUGAAGCAAUAUUCCAAGUGCAGCAAAGACGGACAAGGAGACAGACUUGAAGAGGACGACCUACAAGAACGUCAGGACGAACUGGAACUGUUGGCCUUUACAUUAGAAACGUUGUCAACCUGCCUCCAGGGAACGCAGAGGUGCCCCUUGAAAAUGAAGGCCCUUCAGCAGGAUAAAAAUAACAGCCUGAAAGACCUUAUAACCGAGGUGAUUACUGUGCCGGAAGUCCCAGCUGUUUACAACUUCACAUGUACACGAUGGCUCACAGAUUUCAGGGAACUGGCUUCAAAUGCUUGGGAAAACUUGCCAGAAAGUGAACUCCUACGGCUGGUUCAGGAAGUAAUCCACACGAGCGUUGGAUGUCUCUAUGAGCUUUUCUCUUCAGUCAAUGAGCUUUCUUGGGUCACAAAUACCCAUAGUCCGAGCAGCGAGGUUGGACCAAGCCUUACUGCCAUGCUUCAGCACGCCCCUGUGGAGGAGUGGCUGUCGUACGGCGUCCCGCAGCUUCUGGUUCUUCUUCAGCCGGAACGCGCGAGGGAAAUUAAUGGGUCCGAGGCUUGCCUAACUCACCAAUAUUGCAGCGUGUUGAACACUCUUCUGCAUCAUAACCCUCAAGCACUCCACUACUGUACAACUCAUUACGCUGAGGAACUCAGGUACUACGUGCAAGAGUCAGUGGUGAGUUGCCGACUAGGAAAAUGCCCCAUCCGACCGCACACCUUGAAAAUAGUUCGCACUUUGGCUCAACUGGUCAUGUCUAAAAAUACCCUUCGCUCCAGAUGAAAAGAAGAAGAAGAGAACAGUGAGGAACCAGCUGAAGAAAACAAAGUUUAGCAUAAAGUCUCGUCGACAGAAAAGAGGGCCUGGAAUUCGCGCAUCACUCAAAGAAAAAAAUGGGAAUGAAUUGCUUGGAAACGGGAGGCUAUAAUAGUUUAUAUUCUGAAGGAAACUUUGUGCCUGCUCACUGAAAACAAGAAAUGCAUAUUUGCCUAGUUCCUCGAGGCUCUGCAAUAGCAUUGGCCCCUGAAGCACUUACAGUGGAGUUCUUUCGAAGACACAAAGCCGUUUACUUAUUAUGAGGGGCCUGCUGUUUAUUUAUGAAAAGGCCAUCGUAAUCUUUACUAAUUUUCUUUAGGAAGAAAGAAUAAUAAAUCAAUAUCAAAAUGCCGAGUGAACAUAGUAUUUCGAAAUGGAUUGAAAACCAUGUCCCCAUAAUUCCUUGUUGAUUGUGGCGUUACCUCAGAGAAAGUAUUAUAUUCAAAUCAUUAUCCAAUCCAGAAUUCAUUUCAGGGAAAAAUUAAUCUCAGAAAGCAAAGGUUCAGGGUGGAAAAGGAAUAAUAAUCAGAUUUCGAGAGAGAUAAAAAAAAGUGACUAAAUGGUGACUGAGCGCUCAGUCAAGGUACAAAGUGACCCGUGUGUCCGCUAUACGAUAAACGAUGGUACAAACUCUGUUAUUGUAUUUCACUAACAGUCACAGCAGGUUUUCAAUAUAAACAGAAUGAUUGUUAAAAACCAGAAAUGCCAUUCGUAUGGAUGAAAAAGGAAUUACGACUUUCAGAUUUUAUUAUGAUUCUAAUGAAGAUUUUUUUAAAACGUUUUUGAAUGAAUGAAGAACACUUUAUCGCUACAGCAAGAAAAUGAUUUUUUAGCAUGAUUAUAAGAUGAAAUUCUUCUUUGCCUUUGGCACCGGAAUAUAUUACAAUUACAGACACGGCGCUGAUGUCAUACAGAAAAAAAAAUAAAAUUGACAUACACGCAAGGUCAAAGAUGCCUAUGUUUUGCAUUGAUAAGGACCUCUCUCUCUCUCUCUCUCUCUCUCUCUCUCUCUCUCUCUCUCUCUCUCUCUCUCUCUCUCUCUCUCUCUCUCUCUUUCUAGGACUCGGACAACCUAAGUAGAAUAACCUAGUAAUAUAACGUAGUACAUGUUAAUUGAAAAACGGUACAUUUUCACUUAGUAAUUAAAGUCACAAAAGAAAAAAAUAUAAUAUAUCAUGUCCCUUACUUUGUAAUGCAAGAAGCAAACAUUCAUGUAUUCUUUUUAUGUUAGAUACUUAGUUGUUGAUUAAGGUACGAAAUGUGCAAACGAGAAUGUUUACAGGAUCAAAACUGAUAAUGAAUUCUUUUGAUGAACAGUAACCAAAGAUUUCCUGCUCCAGGCUAUAAAACACUAGAGCGUCAUUUUAAGAAUAUGAAAAACGUAUAAGGAACUUUUUGUAAUUGGAGAUUUGAGAGACAAAUAAAAUUCUAUAAGGAUUAAAAGAUGAAUGCUCCAAGGAUACUAUUAUUGAUAAUGACAGACUUGAAGACAGGAAUUAUUGAACUAAAUAUAAAAAGACUGCGUUAAAAGCGUGUGCUUAAUAUUUCUUUGUUUGAAGACUGGAUGCGUGACAGCUCAAGAGAACCCUGCACAGUCACAAUUUCAGUAACUAAGAAUAUCAGAGAUGGCAACUCUAUGAAUAUUUAGAAUGAAUAUUAUAGAUCUAUGAAGCGAUGGCUAUAGAUCUGAAAUGGUAACUAAUAAUAUCCAGAAUGUUCAUUCCAAUAAUUCAAAGGUUAGUAAAGAGCCGAUGAAAAUACAGUGAGGAACGAAUAGCCUUAUAAAGAAUGGGAUUUUCUAGACAGCCUUUUGAUGACUGAUCGUUUAACACGUGUUCUUGCAGUUUGGGAAUGAAAGUGACCCGUUCACCUAAGAUGAAUUAUGUAUUAUAAUAAUAUU